GCGGCGACAACGCAAAUACUUUUGUUACGGUAAAGCUAACAAUAAACUGAAAAGACGCUUCACCCCAAUGUUCCUAAAUGGUCUUUGUUUUGGGUCCAUUGAUCGCCCUCAAUCGGUACAUUUUGUGAAAAAGGAAUUCUAAACAUAUGUAUGACAGUAAAACCUCGUAAAGAUGGAAGAAAAGCAGUAUACGUCACUGACGGUUCCUACGGAUUAUCUCCAACAGUGGUACCAGUCCACCCAGCAGCACCCCCAAGCUCAACAUGUGAUGCAGUACCAUAACACGGGCCAUAUGGGUCAUUACAUGGAGGGAUCCAGAGAGGACCGGGUCAUGACGGAGCUGUCGGUCCACCAGGACCUCCCUGUCCACCAGGAGCUGGACUUCCAUCACGACUUCCAUCAAGAGCCAAUCGUCCAACACGAUCAGCCUGUGGAUACAUCACAAGCUCCGACGCCAGGGAAGAGAAAGAGAGGUCGGCCUCCCAAACAGAAGCCGGGGGAGGGCCAACCGCAGGAGGACUACGAUCAGGCAGAGGCCCUGAAGAAAGCCAAAAGGACCCUUAACCGUUUCAAUGGCAUGUCAGUGGACGAGGUUAUGGCCAAAACCCUGCCAGAUAUUAUUGACCACAACCUGGACAUUUUGAUAAUUGGUAUCAAUCCAGGACUGUUGUCAGCCUACAAGGGACGACAUUACCCAAACCCAGGAAACCAUUUUUGGAAAUGCCUGUUCCUCUCUGGUCUUACUGAUGAGCAGCUCAACCACAUGCACGAUCUGAGCCUGCCAGAGAAGUAUGGCAUUGGCUUUACCAACAUGGUGGAGAGGACAACGCCAGGAAGCAAAGACCUCUCAAGCAAAGAGUUUCGUGAAGGAGGCCGGCAAUUAGUGGAGAAGCUGAAGAAAUACAAGCCACUAAUCGCAGCUUUCAACGGAAAAUGUAUUUACGAAAUUUUCAGCAAAGAGAUCUUUGGAGUGAAGGCAAAGAAACUCGAGUUUGGCUUACAGCCGUACAAAAUCCCAGAAACCGAAACAGUGUGCUACUUGAUGCCUUCGUCAAGCCCCCGCUGUGCCCAGUUCCCCCGCGCUCAGGACAAGGUUCACUUCUACAUCAAGCUGAAGGAGCUACGGGACAAGAUCAAAGGUGUGGUCUCAGUGGCCCGCGAGGUGCAAGAGACUGAGUACCACUUCGACUUGGGACUUGCCAAAGAGGAUGCUAAGAGGAUGGCCAUCAAGGAGGAGCAGGUGGAUCCUGAGUACGAGACCUGCGACGGGGAGCGCGAGGAGGCAAGGCAAAGCACAAGCUACUGCAACAUUUCCUCCACCAAAGAGACCGCAAUGCCCAGUAAGGACCAAGCCCAAGCUACACCAUUGAACCACAUGCCAUACGACCAGUGGAUGACACAGUCGUUUGCAGACCAGAUACCGGACAUUAGCUGUAACAGUAGCAAUGUAGCUCAACCUCAUUUGGGAGCAGAAACCUUUUGAAGAAGGCCCCCGCAAGAAAGUCAUUGGGUCACACCGUUUCUGAGGCAUCAUAAUGCAUGCGUCACACUAGAAGGAAGAUGGAGGAGAAAUGGCCCAUCUUGACUGGACUCCUGUUUUUCAAAUUCUCUCUUUAAAACACAGCCCAUUUUAUUCCCCAUUAAUUUUUAUAACUAUUUAUUGCAUUUCAUACAGCAUGUGUCCAGUGUCUUAUUUUUAUAUUUUUAAAGAAUGGGAUUUUGUUGUAUCCCUCACAUGUGGAAGUGUAAUUGUGCUCUGGAAUUUUUAAGUUUGUUAUUACAGAGAUAUUAAAUCAGUUGUACAACUGACAUUGACAGUUAUUUUGUGGAAUCCGGAACUUAAUGAUGUACAUGGUUCAUUAUGACUUGUAAAGUGAUCAAGUUGAAUGAAAAAGAUAGGUGCCUGACAGUUCCAAGACGAAAUGGGCCGUAUUCAUCAGGGCACACCGUAUGAAAACAUAAUGCAACGGAACAUUUAGUUUUUCUUAUUGGACAAAUUCAAAUAGUACCUCCCCUGUUUGCU